GACAACUACGUCACUUCCUCUACCCGCAUUAGACCCUUUAGCCGUUUGUUUGCUAAGCUAACCUGCACCAUAGUGCGGCAAUUCUCCAAUAUGGUGGAUUUAAUGACUUUUAAGAGUGAGGUGGCGUUCAUCGUGAAUAACCUGGCCAAGGCGGUGGUGGCGGAGAUUUUCACCGCGGCGGAGAAAGUCUCUUUAAAUAAACAAAACCCCGAAACUGAGGAGAAGCUCGGCGCUCUGGUGGACAGUCUGUGUGGUGAAGCUGUGGAGAAGAUCGUGGAGGUGGUGGAGCUGGCAGCUGUGAAGCAGGAGGAGACUGGAGGAGAGCGGAGAGGUCGUCCUCAGUCUGAAGAGAGCUGUGAGGACGGUGGAGGAGAGCACCCCCCCACAGAACAGACCUACAUCCUGGUUUACGGGAGCGCCGCGAUCGACUCCAGGUGUGUGCUGGUGUCAGUGCAGAGCGGAGCUGACGGUGACGGUGAAGGUAAAACCAGCUCCACUGAGGGAACAGGUGAAGUGAUGACUCCACACGACAAACACUCCUCCCCCUCCCCUCCCCCUCAGGCUGAUUUCCCUGACCAUGAGUACGCCCGGCCGUCCUCGCCCCCGCCUGGUGCCGCCGCAGCAGAGGAGGGCGGAGUCUGUGCAGCACGCAGCAGGAAGCAGCGUCGCGGCCGCAGGAAAAGAGACACAGACCCAACAGAGACGUCAGAAACUGAGCAGUGCUCCCAGUGUGGGAUGUUGUUUCCAAACACAGAGCGGCUCUCUGACCACCACAGGAAGUCUCACCCGGUGUGCUCGGUGUGCGGGACGUCGUUCACCGGCAUCCUGAAGCUCCGCGAACACGAGAUCAGAGAGCACGGGCUGCUGCCGUACACCUGCGACUACUGCCCCAAACGAUUCAACCACAAAGCUCACCGCGACCUGCACGUCAAGGCCCGACACACGGGAGAGAAGAGCUGCCACUGCGACAUCUGCGGGAAGGGCUACUCCUGCAUCAGCGUGCUGAAAACACACAGGAUGACUCACUUCGACAAGACGUUCAUCUGCGACGUCUGCGGGAAGAGCUUCUACCACGCCUGCCACCUCACCCGCCACAAACUGGUGCACCAGGACGUCCGGCCGUACCAGUGCUCCACCUGCGGGAAGGGCUUCACCCAGGCCGCCAACCUGCGCAGCCACCAGGCCAUCCACACUGGAGAGAGGCAGCUGUGCUCCGUCUGCGGGAAGAGCUACCGCUGCCUCAAGAACCACGUCAUCAGCAAACACUCGCACGAGCUCCCCGCCGACGAGCUGCCGGCCAGAGACGCCAUCAUCACCUGCGAGGUCUGCGGCAAGAAGUUCCCCAACCCGUCGCAGUUCAGAGUCCACCAGAGGAGCCACACAGGGGGAGAAACCGUUCCACUGCGACAUCUGCGGGAAGAGCUACCGUCUGAAGGAGCUGCUGAGGGACCACAGGUACACCCACACCGGAGAGAAACCCUACAGCUGCUCCCUCUGCUCCAAAACCUUCAACCUGGCCACCAGCUUCAUGAGGCACCGCAGCAUCCACACCGGGGAGACACCGUACAGCUGCCACGACUGCGGGAAACACUUCCGCCUGCUCACCUUCCUCAAGGCUCACCUGCAGACCAAAGCUCACCUGAGGCGGACACAGCAGAGGCAGCCGGUGACCUCUGACCUCUGACACAAGAGUUAGCGUUACGAUCACACCACACCGGCAAACACCUGAUAGUCUAUCAGGGUCCUGGAGCAGAGAACAUGACUUUACUGCUGCUUCACAUUUCAGGUUCAAAUUCCUUCCAUCAUUCAGUUUUUAUGAAUUAUUAUCUCACUGUGUCUUUUCGAGAAGAUAAUCACAGACUGUAACUGAAACAGGAUGAAGUGCAGUUUUAACUGAACGUGAACAAAACAUUUCAAAUGUAAAAACAUCUGACGUUCACCUUGGUGAAUAUUCAUAUUCAGUCAGAUUCAAGGAUCCACCUGUGCCAGGUGAUUCUCUGAUAACUGACCUGACUCUGAGCUGAUCCUGGAUCUGAGGCUCUGUCCACACAUUCAGAACUAAAACCUCUCUGUGCAAACCAGUGUUUUAGCUCCAGGAACAGGAAGUAGAUUGUUUACAGUGUGAGGACACCGAGCUGUGAUUCGUUGUCCAUGUCAUCACUGAGGCUGACAUGGGUCAUGUGAUCAGAUCAGGAAGUGAAGGUGUGUGUCUGUGUUUGAGGGGUUUGACCUGUGGGUGUGGACGCAGCCUGAGCUGCUGGGCUGCUGCUUUCUGACGUCUGUAUCUGUAACUCAGGCUUUAAUCUGCUGCAGCCUGAUCGCACAUAAUUCCCACUUUGCUGUGGUCAGAUGAUAAUUGUAAUCCAGCCGGCCUGUGUCUUUAAGCUCACAGUGUUUUUCUCUCUCAUGCUGUUUGUUUCUCUGCAGACCAGAGGUCAGAUUAAAGGAUGUAUACAACA